CAGCGGAACACCUACCAGAGGAAACAGCUGCACCACCACUCCUGCGAUGCCGGCCUCUCGACUGCGAGUAUCCCCAUUGGCCCCGCCAGAGAGCGCGAUACAAGCCGAGAGCUCUGGCAGCCAAUCGGGAGGCGGCGCGAUUAGGCGCCGCCGCGCUGCCGGCGAUACGCGCGCGGUGCCUCUGAGGCGUGAACCCAGUGGGGUGUCCAACCAAUGGGCUUCCGGCCAGGUAGCGGGAACUCUGGGUGUCCAACUCCUCCCAUUUAGGAUUAGCGUUCGGUAGGCCUGGGCGUUGGGGAUUGGGCGGUCUUCCUUCCCCGCCUGACGCGAGGCGGGGCAGUUGGUGCAGAGGUGAGGUCUAGUAAAUGGUGAAGUACUUCCUGGCCUGGGGGUAUCUGGGACCGUGGGGUCUCGGUGGCGUGGAGUCGGAGAGAAGCCCGACCCGCGAGGAAACCCAGCCUCGCCCACGGAGCGGGCCCGGUGCAGCCCUCAGGUCCGGCGGGCGGCGUGGAAAAAGCAGUGGUGCCAGUGGAGCCGAGGCACGGCCUUGGGUGGCCCCCUAACAGCUCCUUCGGCCCAAGACCUGGGAACGCGGCGAAGCCCUCGGCUACGUGAACCCCCGCCCUUGCAACCUCCCUUUUCCUUUUAUCCACCUGCAGUCCCAGGCUGUAGAAGGGACCGCGGGAGUUCUCAGUUCUCAACCCCCAUUUCAUUUUCUGUCUCCGGGUGCGUACCUUAAUGUGAGGUGAUUCCUAAGCAGCUGGGAACCUGAGGCUGUAAAAGGGGCUGCAGAAAAUGGACUGCAGUAUAAAAUCCAGAAGCAGAACUGGAAGGUUUAACCACUGACCCAUUUCACAGGUACUGUAUAGCACAUUUUCUUUGCCAUUCUCUUUUUGAUGGACAUUGGUUGUUCCCAGUUUUUCAACUUAUAGACAAUGCUGCAGGGAAAUCCUGAAUGUCUCAUGCAUCCAUGGACCAAAAGAUGGAGUUGGUUUUUAUUUUUAAAAAGAUAUUAUCAAUGAUCUGAUAUGACUAUAAAUGCUCACUUGAUGAAAUUGCAUGGACUCGUCAUCAGGUUGGACUAGUGGUUAUUUUUGAAAGUUUUAUCAACUACAGUUACUAUUUGAAAAUUCAAGCAUCCAAGAACGUUGGGUGUGGAAUGGCAUAAUGAUGUAUUUUCUCUGAGGACUGCAAAUUUUAUAGAGACCACAGUUGGAUUCCAGUUAUAUUCUUCAAUCAAAGUGAUUCAGUCCUUUGAUAAAGUUAAUUUUGAAGAGCUUUAUGUUUAUGAACAACGCCAAAAGAUGGGAGAAAAAAAUGGCAUCGGGCCUGUGUCAACAGGAAACCAACACCCCUUCUGAGGCUACUAUGGUGACAGCAUCCCUAAUUAGCCAGAGAUCCCCUUUGGGUGAUGCAAAAACCUUCUGGAUGGAGCUGGAAGAUGAUGGAAAAGUGGACUUCAUAUUUGAACAAGUGCAAAAUGUGCUGCAAUCACUGAAACAAAAGAUCAAAGAUGGGUCUGCCACAAAUAAAGAAUACAUCCAAGCAAUGAUUCUAGUGAAUGAAGCAACCAUAAGUAACAAUUCAACAUUGAUAAAGGAUCAUACAUCUGUGACCCAGAAUGAACAGGAAAACAAAUCAGGUUCAUUGCCCUCUACAUCAUAUGAAGACACCUUUCCAGAAGACUGUACAUUUCUAUCUACAAAAAAUAAGGAAAUCCCUCCUUUGGAAACUGAAGUUGCAUACAUCAGAGAAAAGAAAUCAUCUUUGAAUCUAUCUUACCAACGUCAUGACUGCUCUCGAGCUUGUCUGAUGAAAACACCACUAACCUCCAAGGGAGAAAACCCUCUGCAGCUACCAAUCAAAUGCCACUUCCAAAGACUACAUGCAAAGACAAACUCUCAUUCUUCAGCACUCCAUGUGAGUUAUAAAACCCCUUGUGGAAGGAGUCUACGAAACGUGGAAGAAGUUUUCCGUUACCUGCUUGAGACAGAGUGUAACUUUUUAUUUACAGAUAACUUUUCUUUCAAUACCUAUGUUCAGUUGACUCGGAAUUACCCAAAACAAGAAGAAAUUGUUUCUGAUGUGGAUAUUAGCAAUGGAGUGGAGUCGGUACCCAUUUCUUUCUGUAAUGAAAUUGACAAUAGAAAGCUUCCACAGUUUAAGUACAGAAGGACUAUGUGGCCACGUGCAUAUUAUCUAAACAGCUUUACCAACAUGUUUACUGAUUCAUGUGACUGUUCUGAGGGCUGCAUAGACAUAACAAAAUGUGCAUGUCUUCAGCUGACAGCAAGGAAUGCCAAGACUUGCCCCUUGUCAAGUAAUAAAAUAACCACUGGAUAUAAAUAUAAAAGACUCCAGAGACAAAUACCUACUGGCAUUUAUGAAUGCAGCCUGUUGUGCAAGUGUAAUAGAAGAAUGUGUCAAAACCGAGUUGUCCAGCAUGGACCUCAAGUGAGGCUACAGGUGUUCAAAACUGAGAAGAAAGGAUGGGGAGUACGCUGCCUAGAUGACAUUGACAGAGGGACAUUUGUUUGCAUUUAUUCAGGAAGAUUACUAAGCAGAUAUAACACUGAGAAACCUGAUGCUAUUGAUGAAAAUGGAAAAGAAGAGAAUAUUAUGAAAAAUAUGUUUUCAAAAAAGAGGAAAAUAGAAGUUGCAGAUUGUGAGGUUGAAGUUAUCCCAUUAGAACUGGAAACACAUAGAAGUGCUAAGACUGAGGAGUGUCCACCUACGUUCAAUAAUAAUUUAAAAGAGCCUGUUAUAGAAAUGAAAUGUAACAAUAGUUCAAGAAUUCAAUAUCAUUCAGUCAUUAGAAGUCCUAAAGUGAAGACAGCCAUUAUUCAACGCAAUGGGAAAAGGAUGGGAUUUGCUUCCUCAGAGUCUGUCACCUCAGAAGAUAAUGAUGGAUUUAAACCAACCCAAGUACAUCUGAACUCCAAAGCCAAGGAAAUGAAAAAGGAUUCAAGCUCCUACCAAGUUAAAGACUCUGAAGACAAUCUGCUGAUUGAAUCAGAUGUGAUAGAUAUAACUAAAUGUAGAGAAGAAACUCCAUCAGGGGGCAGAUGUAACCAAGCAACCACAUUGGAUAAACAGAAUAUUAUAAAGGAGUUCAAGGCUCAAAUGCAAAAGCCCCAAGAGGAAAGAUCUCCAGCAUAUCAAAACCAUCAAGUCUUUUGUGAAAAAGAGUUCCCAAGUGAAACCAAGAAUAUUUCACCUGAUUCUCUAAAAAAGUUCAAUAAAGGGAACAUGUUUUUAUUGGAUGCCACAAAAGAAGGGAAUGUGGGCCGCUUCCUUAAUCAUAGUUGUUGCCCAAAUCUUUUGGUACAGAAUGUUUUUGUAGAAACACGUGACAGGAAUUUUCCAUUGGUGGCGUUCUUCACCAACAGGUAUGUGAAAGCAAGAACAGAACUAACAUGGGAUUAUGGGUAUGAAGCUGGGACUAUGCCUGAGAAAGAAAUCCUCUGCCAAUGUGGGGUGAAUAAGUGUAGAAAGAAAAUAUUAUAAAUCUGUAGCUAAUGCCUAUUGAUGAGAUUAGCUUAUUACGUUGCAGUUAGAGCCAUGCAAGAGAACCUUUAGUCAUCAGUGGAAUUAACUUAGGUUGUGAUCCAUCAAGAGAAUUCUCAGUUUACCCUUGUCAGGGAAUUCAUUUGUAUGACUUAGAAAUGCUAGGAACAAAAUAAGGACAUUUUCAUAUGCAUAGGCUAUCUCUUUAUUCUUUCUGUUGUUCAACUUUACAGGAGUGGGAUGGAAGUGUAUAUUUUAUAUGAAAUACCAUUAUACAGUUUGUAACUUAUUUGUAAAUUAUAUACUAAGAGAAACAAAUGUCACAAUAGAAUUCAAUUGUUCUUACUUACUUUCGUGAUUAUUAUCUUUGAGUUCAUGCCCCCCACAGGGCCAAAUUCCACAUCUUUACCUAAAAAAUGUUUGUUUAAUUCUUGGCAAAUAAUUUACCUUUAUGAGCCAUAAAGUGGGCAACAUAGCCUGAGGAAAAUGUAAGAACUAACUUUACACAUAUAGAAGCUCUGGCUGCAUGCAACUCUGUCUGAUCAAACCGUUUGAAUGCUAAGAGGGAGAAGCUCUCCUAUUGGGAGGGUUUUGGCAAACUUUGAGAUGGAACUUCUUUUCCACAGAUUCUCCUUACUACUCCAGUAUAAACACAGACAAGAAAAGAGGGAAUAGAAACGCAGAGGAAUUGGAAUAUUUUUGUUCUAGGUAGAGGAGAGCCGUAAGAAAACUUAGAAACUAGUCAGACUUGGCUUAUUUAGGUCCUCUAGAAGGGAUUGUGAUGGGCAAGAAUUUCACUUAACAAAAAACAAUUCCACUGAGUUUGUAAAGUCUUGAACAACUUCUUGGAUUCUCCUGGGUAUGAUAUGCAAAUCGCUUUUGUAGAGAAAAAGGGAGUUAUACUCCGCUAUAGGUUACCCAGCCCUGAUCAUGGAGUGGAAAAGGGACUGGGAAUUUCCAGGCAUCAAAACUAAUUUUAUCCAUAACAAAGUUGUACAUUUGGCUGCCAGGAACUUCCCCCUUGGAACCAAAAGAGGAAUACUAGCUCAAAAAGAAGUAAUUAAAAGUAGUUUUGGCUUUUGAGAGGUUUUAGGUCUUUUUUUUCUUUCUUUUUUUCUAUACUCGAUUCUGGGUUUAGUUUGAUUACUGUUCAAAUAAAAUGCUAUUCUAGGGGCGCCUGGGUGGCACAGCGGUUAAGCGUCUGCCUUCAGCUCAGGGCGUGAUCCCAGCGUUAUGGGUUCGAGCCCCACAUCAGGCUCCUCCACUGUGAGCCUGCUUCUUCCUCUCCC